AUGAAUUUGUCCGUGGGGUUGCUAAUCCGAUCCCCGAAGAGACGCCUCGCAAAACUGGGGAGGAAACCAAGCAAUGGCUCCCUGCAAUCCACGCAGUCCGACAGCACGGUCCGUUCCGAGAGCACAGGCGUCCGGCAGCCGGCCAAAAGCAAAAUCCGCCGCCACAACAACAACAACCGCCUCUCCAGCGUCUUCAGCCGCAGCCCAAACCUGCGGGACUCCAGGUCUGGCGGGAAGGGCCCCUCUCUGGACAGCGGCAGCCUCAGCGGAGACCUGCCCGCCCGCGAUGACCCCUCCGAGCUCUCCCAUCAGACCUCCGCCCCGGGGAUCCUGAAGAUUUUUGGCAGCGAUAUUUGCCAAGGAGCUCACUACAAAAGCGUCCUGGCCACGUUUCAGUCGGAGGCCAAGGAGCUGGUGAAAGAGGCGUUAGAGAGGUACUGUCUGGAGAAAGAGGAGCCCCGAGACUACGUUCUGUGCGACGUCAUCGGCCGCUCGGUGGAGACGCAGUGGAAGAGGGAGUGUUUCCGUGUGGUGGGCGACGCCGAGAAGCCCCUGGUGCUACAGUCGCUAUGGAAACCUAAAGAUGGCUUCUCCCGGCGCUUUGAGAUCCAGCGGCGAUCCAGCGUGGAGGAGCAGAGCCUCAGGAGCAGAGACACCAUCACAGCAGGUCUGAAUGCACAGGUGCGGCGGCAGCAGAAGGGCCGGUCGCGCGUGGCCUCGCUCUUCCUGGACAGCGGUGAAGCCGUGGACGCCCUGGGGCUGUGGAGGAGCCUCAGCGACAUGGACGUGUCGGCCAUGGGGAAGGAGGCGCGGCGAGCUCAGCAGCCACAGCUCAGGGAGGAUCCGGAGGCCGAGGCCGAUAAAGAGGAGCUGAGGCUGGGACAGGAGAAGGAGGAGACGGAGAGCAGCGACGACAACACCACACAGUACUCCAUCCAUCCGCCUUUCGACUUCCCAUACUUCCUCCUGCUGCAGGGGUUCGACCACAGACAGGACUUCGUGAUCUACCUGAUGAGCGGCAGCAGCACCGUCUUCGGCCGCUAUCGGGAGCACAGCAACGGCGACGGCGAGGAGCGACUGAAGGUGGACGUCCUCCUCUUCGCUCCGGACGUCCUGCCCCAGCACUGCUGCGUGAGGCGCCAGGACCGUACCGACCACACCUCCUCCACGGGGGACGCCAAAAAGACAACCACGGCCACCAUGCUCCAGCCUCUACACGGAGCUCCCGUCACCAGAAACGGCCUGCUGCUGAAAGACAAGGUGGAGCUAAGUCCUGGAGAUCUGGUCGGACUCGGGAAUCACUAUUUGUUCAUGUUUAAAGAUCCUACCAACAGCUCGUCGUGGUCGCACACCCCUCCCUGGAUGUCAAAACUGUGCUCGGACUCCAAAACCAUUGUCGAUUCUCCGAAAAAACUUGCAAUUAGAGCUCACGUGUCAAAAUGGAGAGAUCUGGACGGGACAGAGGCGAGGCUUAGCUACGAUUUGCAUCAAGAGGAGCAGAUUUUGGAACGGAUUUUGACAAUGUUAGACCCCGAUGGAAGCGAGCCAAAGUUGACCCCAGCUUUCCUGCUUAGUCUCUGCAUCCGGCACUCGGCAGACACGUUCGAGCUGGAGCAUUUGAGAAAACUGCUUCUUCGUAUGGCCAGUCAGAUCCAGCAGAUUAUGUGGGACAAGACAAAGAAGCUCGCCGCGAUUCAGCCAGAAAUCGAGGGAGGAGCAGAGCAGGAGCUGAGCACGGAGCAGCUGAUCCCAGGUCUGCGUCCUCUGGUUCUGUGGAUGGCCAACUCCAUAGAGCUGCUUCACUUUGUGCAACACGAGGUCCCACAGCUGCUGCCGUACAACCACAACCAAGAAGCCGGAGACUCGGAGAUGUCGUCCACUCGCACGGCGUGUGAAGAAGCCAUGACGGUCCUGGAGGAGGUCAUCAUGUUCACCUUCCAGCAGUCCGUCUACUACAUCACAAAGAUCAUGUACUCGGCGCUGCCCGGGCUGUUGGAGGGGAACCCGUUCUCGGACACGGGACAGCUGAAGGUUCCCGAGGGCCUGAGUCAUGUGCUGGACGUCCUGAAGGAGGCGCUCAAGCUGCUGACGGCGUUCCAGGUGCAUCCGGACAUCUCCCUCCAGCUCUGUGCCUACCUCUUCUUCUUCAUCAACGCUUCGCUCUUCAAUGCACUCAUGGAGAGAGGUUCAGUGGUGGGCUUCUACCAGUGGUCCAGGGGCGUCCAGAUCCGCGCUAACCUGGACCUCCUCAUGGACUUCACGCAGAGCAUCGGUUUGUCUGACGUGGCGGCCGAAUUCUUCCAGAAACUGUCAGCUGCCGUUAAUCUGCUGGCCACUCCCAAAGAGACCCUCCUCCAGGCGUCAUGGUCCACUCUGAGGGCCGAGUUCUCCGCCCUGAGUCCGGCCCAGCUGCACCACAUGCUCAGAGAGUACAGCUCCGCUCGGGCCUACCCCCUCUGCUGGAGCCCCACGGGGGAGGACCGGGAGGCAGCGCACCGGACGGCCGACAUCUUGGAGAGUUUUGAGAACCAUCCUCCGCUGAUCCUGCCCAGUGCUGCCUUCCACCUGGAGCUGGGGAAGGCCCUCGUGGAGCAGGGUCUGUUCCAGCAGCUCUCAGAUCUGCAGAGUUACAUCCAACAGCUGCCUCCGACCGACCGGACGCCCGAGAGUCCCAAGAGUCCAUCUGCGGCCGCCACAGACACGACUCUCUCCGACAGACAGUCCCCCGCACAGACCUGUUCCCCUCCGGAGCCGGGGAGCCCCCAUGUGGAGCCCAGCCCACCCCGGCCAGCGCACUCCGACCUCAGCAGCUGCGAGGCCGAGCUGAGCCACAAACUCAAGAGUCUGGAGAUACAGAGCUCUCUUCCGGGGCCCGCCGACCUGGCCUCCCACAAGAGCCUGGCCCUGGACCCCUCGUGUUUGCUGACCCCGCCCAACACGCCCCAAGGCACCGAGCUGAACGAGCUGGAGGAGGAGAGGAGGGACCAGGACGCUGAGACCCAGAGAGUGAAUGGGAGUUCGGAGGAGAGUUCGGAGGAGGCGGAGGUGGACAGCGAGGAGGUAUUUACUGUGGAGCUACAGAAAGGACCCCAGGGUUUGGGACUGGCCCUCGUGGACGGGACGAAAACUCCUCUGCAGAUGAGUGGCAUCUACGUGAAGUCUGUGAUCCCAGAGUCUCCGGCCGCUCUGAGUCUCAAGCUGCGGGUUGGGGACAGGAUCCUGGCAGUGAACGGCAUCAGCCUGGUGGGCAUGGACUACAGCAUUGGGAAAGAGCUGAUCCGGUCGUCUGGAGACACGCUCAAACUGCUGGUGGCCAAAAUCGACCCCAAACUAGUCAACAAAACGACUGUCACCACCAAAUGCUGA